AUGGCACCGCAGACGUGGAGAUGGCGGCUAUCUAUGCCCACCACCCUUGCCAUUAGUGGAAGUUUAAUACUCAUUCUCAUAUUGCUUUCAACGUCGUGGUCCUCGUCUGCCAGCGGCCAAAUAACCAAGAUCGCCAACAACUUUGGCCAUGGAGACACUGCCGCUGCUGAUUCGAGUCAGCAGUCCAGCUCGCACUUGAUAGACGAUGUCUAUAAUAGUACUCUCGGCUUCGAAAAGAUAUUCGUCGUCGGACUACCUACACGAACCGAUCGGCGCGACAGCAUGAUACUGGCCGCCGCGCUGAGCAACAUCGAGAUUGAGUUUAUCGAUGGCUUGUUGGGCGAAACCGUGCCCGACAAGGCGAUACCAGCUGGGCCGGAAUACACCAGGCUGCCCGAGCCGGUGAUAGGCUCAUGGCGCGGGCAUAUGAACGCCAUCCAGGAAAUCGUCAAGAGGAACCUGACGUCGGCGCUCAUCAUCGAGGACGACGCGGACUGGGACAUCAGCAUCAAGGAUCAGAUGCGCGACCUGGCUCUGGCGUCCCACGCCCUGACGCAGCCUCUGGAGGGCUCCGGCAAGUACGCCGAUCCGACGUACCCCCACCCCCAGGAGAACCAGCUCGAGAUGGUGCACAAUAUUCCUUUCAAGAAGCGCCAGCCGACCGAGCCGCCCAAGGUCUCCCCGUACGGCGACCACUGGAACCUCAUGUGGACGGGCCACUGCGGCAUGCACUUCCCCUGGAGCAAGCUCGCGCCUCGGGCGCGGGUCGUGCAGAACGACGUCACCGUCCCGCAGCACAGGUACAUCGAGGGCGCCCCGGACCUGAAGGAGCAGUACCCGGAGCACGCGCGCGUGUACCACCACGUGCAGGAGGGCAUCUGCUCGCUCGGCUACGCCGUGACGCAGAACACGGCCCGGCAGAUGGUGUACGAGAUGGGCAUGAAGCCGUUCAACACGGCCUUUGAUAUCCUGCUGCUGUGGUUCUGCGACGGCGCCGAGAAGGAGGGCCGGUCAUACCACGAUUGCCUGUCGAUGCAGCCCUCCCUGUUUCAGCAUCACAGGCCGGCUGGCUCGAGGGCCGCCGAGAGCGACAUCUCUCCGCAUGGAGACGGCUACGUCAACGAAGCCCACACGACUGUAGUGCGACACAGCGUGCGUAUGAACGCCGAGGAGAUAAUGAGGGGAGGAACCAACUUCAAAGAUCAAUACCCAGAUGUGGACUAA